AAUAGAAAACUUAAGUAAAUUGCAUCAGCUAUACAUAUAAAAUAACAAAUAUAGUUUUGUUUUCAGUUUUUAAUAAUAUCUCAUAUAAAUAUGAUUAUGUAUUCUUAAAUCACAUAUUUUUCAAGUUAUGUUUAAUUUAUAUAAAUAUAAUAAUUUAUCGGAGAUUUAAAAUCAUAGAUUUUACAUGGCGAAAAGAGUACAACCAUCUUGGAGUCCUCCAGAAAGGAAGGCUUCUACUAAAUUACGCCUAUACAAUAGCUUAACUCGAGAAAAGGAAGAAUUUAUUCCUCAGUUUGGAAAUAGAGUUCUCUGGUAUAGUUGUGGUCCAACAGUUUAUGAUGCUUCGCACAUGGGUCAUGCCAGAUCAUAUAUAUCAUUUGAUAUUUUACGAAGAGUACUAUCAAAUUAUUUUGGAUAUGAUGUCUUAUAUGUAAUGAAUAUAACUGAUAUAGAUGACAAAAUUAUAAAACGAGCCAGACAAAAUUAUUUAUUUCAGAAUUACAUAAAAGAAAAUCAUAGUUUAGAUAAAAUAUUAGAUCAUACAAAAAUUGUUAUGUCCAAUUUUGAAAAUGUAGUAAAAAUAACAACUGAUCCGGAUAAAAAAUGUAUGUUGGAAAAGAUGUUAAACAGAGUUGAAAAGGCUAUAGAAAAUUUGGAAGGAGCUGUCAAAAGUAAAGAUGAAAAUGAAAUUAUAAAAUGUCAAGAGAUAUUAUUGGAAGAAGCACGAGAUCCUUUAGCCAACUGGUUAGAUAAUCAAAAAGGAGCUACUGUUGAGGAACAUUCAAUAUUUACCAAAUUGUCUCAACAUUGGGAAUCGGAAUUUCAUAAAGAUAUGGACGCUUUAAAUGUAUUGAGGCCUAAUGUCUUAACAAGAGUUAGUGAAUAUGUCCCAGAGAUCAUUAAAUUUAUUCAAAAAAUUAUAGAUAAUGGUUUUGCUUAUGAAAGCAAUGGUUCUGUUUAUUUUGAUGUGGGAGGAUUUGAUAAAAAGGAUAAGCAUUAUUAUGCUAAACUUGUUCCAGAAGCAUAUGGUGAUACAUCAAGUUUAGAAGAAGGAGAAGGGGAUUUAAGUACAUCAGUGGAAACAUUGUCAGAAAAGAAGUCAAUAACAGAUUUCGCUCUUUGGAAAUGUUCAAAGGCAGGUGAACCUUGGUGGGAUAGUCCUUGGGGUAAGGGUAGACCAGGUUGGCAUAUAGAGUGUUCUGUUAUGGCAUCAGCAAUUUGUGGAGAAAGUUUAGAUAUUCAUACUGGAGGUGUAGAUCUUAAAUUUCCUCAUCAUGACAAUGAACUUGCUCAGGCAGAAGCACAUUUUAAUAACUCACAUUGGGUUAGAUAUUUUCUUCAUUCUGGUCACUUAACAAUUGCUGGUUGCAAAAUGUCCAAAUCCUUAAAGAAUUUUAUUACUAUACAAGAUGCAUUAAAAAAACAUUCAGCAAGACAAUUAAGACUUGCAUUCCUUCUACAUUCUUGGAAAGAUACUCUAGACUAUAGUGAAAAUACUAUGAAUAUGGCUAUUCAAUAUGAAAAGUUCCUCAAUGAAUUCUUUUUAAAUGUAAAAUGCAGAAUCAGAUGCUUAGGUAAUGCAAGUAAUACAAAUAUUUUUAGUAAAUGGACUGAUGCAGAAAUAGAUCUUAAUUCGAAAUUUUUUGCUUCAAAGGAUUCAGUUCAUAAUUCAUUGUGUGAUAAUAUUGAUACGAAAAGUGCUUUAGAUGCAAUUAGAGAUAUUGUAACACAUUGCAAUAUUUAUGUUAAGCAAAAUAAGAAUCCAAAUACUCUAUUACUUAGAGAUAUUGCAGUUUACAUCACAAAAAUACUAACUAUCUUUGGUACCAUAACUUCAUCUCAUGAUAACAUUGGUUUUCCAAUUGAUAACGAGACAACAAAGACAAAUAUGGAAGAAAUCAUUAUGCCAUAUCUUGAAAUUCUUUCUAAAUUUCGAGAAAAAGUAAGGGAUCAUGCGAAACUUAUAAAAGCAGAUAGUAUUCUUCGUGAAUGUGAUAAGUUGCGAGACGAUAUUUUGCCAACUAUCGGCGUUCGCUUAGAGGAUGAUAGCGGGGAUUGUUGCAAAGUAAAAUUAGUAAAUAAAGAUGAGCUUUUAAAGGAGAGAGAAGCUAAGAAAAAAGCAGAAUUGGAUAAAAUUUUAGAAAGGGAGAAAAGAAAAGUUGAUGCAGCCGCUGCAGCUGUUUUGAAAGAAGCGCAAAGAAGAAUUCCACCGGCGGAAAUGUUUAAGUUAGAGAAGGACAAGUAUUCUCAAUUUGAUGAAAAAGGAUUACCGACACACGAUGCAAAAGGUAAAGAGAUCAGUAAAGGACAAUUGAAGAAGUUACAAAAAUUACAGCAACUUCAAGAAAAAAAAUAUAACGAUUACUUAAUGUCUAAAGUAAAUAGUACUAAGUAAUCUUGUUCCAAUUAAUGUACUUGUGUUAUUUUUUUUUUGUCAUAAAUCGCAAAUUUUAUUGACAAGAAAAGAUUCUAAAUAUUAAAAAAUGCGAACGA